AUGGUUGGCGGCGAACACAAGAGGAUUGUCAUCGCCUGCGAACUCACGGCUCAUAUAAAGCCUAAUAUGCUAUGUAUUGACGAACCGACCUCUGGUUUGGACAGUAGUGCCGCUCUAGUGGUGAUUAACUGUUUAAAAGUGUUGUCCCGAAGGCAUGGGAUGACUAUCAUUGCAUCCAUUCAUCAGCCAAACAACGAUUUGUUUCACAUGUUUGACAACAUCUAUGUGUUGGCCAAAGGAGGUGUAUGUCUGUACACCGGACCCCCUCUACCCCUGCGACAGCACCUACACGACUGCGACAUUGAAUUGACCCAAAACGACGUCCCCAUUGAAACGGUGCUUACGAUAGCAUCCGAUGGCAACCGAGUGACUGAUUUCGGAAAACUUCUGUCAAAACAAAAUAGCAAUGAAUCGGACGAUAAGCUCAUUGAGGGAAACACGCGAUUAGUUUACGGCAAACAAAACCCCACAAAACGAUUCAGUUUUCGGGAUGUGUAUUGCCUACUGAAGCGGUCCAUGAGAUACGCCUACAUUAGUCAAUGGAAAACUUUGGGCUUGCAAAUUGUCAUGCUCAUCUAUACCGGCAUGAUGCUCAGGGUUAUUAUGGACACAGAGAUUAUCGUGCCCGAUGGCUGCGUGACAAUUGAGCUUGGUGCAGGGUGCGAUCACCAGAGUGAUGCUGAUAUUAUUAACGAGAACUUUCUAAAAGAUAAUAUUAAAUUUUUGAUGGCCCUGGUGGUGGUGGUCCCGGUGCAGAUUAUGUUUGUAUUCUCUAUUUCAUUUUGUGCCGAGGUGGCAAUAUUUUGCAACGAACACUAUAAU